CUGCGUUUCACGAAAGCUUUAAGUCAAGAUUUUAUUCUAAGCCGGUUGGAGCACUGGUCGGUGCUCGGAUGGGCGACCUCCGUGCGUAGCAGAUGGUCUUUAUUAAGAAUGCUUAUCGUGCUUGUAUAUGCAGGGACAUCAUCAUUAUUAUUCUUAGCGAUUACAAUUUCCUGACCAAAGUUGUUAUCACAAGCAGCGGACUCGAUUAACCCAUUCCUGGGCCUUCGCAUGAAGUGCCUUGCUGCGUUGCGUCAACAUCGCCACUCGAGGGAGACAAAGGCGGCCGGGCGUGGUGCUGGCCACCCACCCUCAUCCUCGUGUGUCAUCCCGGCCUUCACAGGUGCUGCUGUUCGCUAACAGCAUCAGGUGUGAUGUGUAAACAUCGCCAUUGGGGAGACAAAGGCGGCCGGGCGUGGUGUUGGCCACCCACAACCCUCUUGUGCCACAGUGCCGGCCUUCAUAGGUGCUGCUGCUAUUCCCUAACAGCGCUUGCCCCAACAGUCUGUGAAGGCGAUGUGAAUGUGAGAGCGAAUGUGUGUGCGUGUAUGAGUGAGUGGAGUUUCGAUUUAAAGCUUUCGUGACUGCAGGGAUUCAUCUUCUUGGUUCUUUCGGUAAAGUCACGUAGAAGGAAAAUAAUAAAAUAAUAUAAAUAAAACAAUAAAAUAAUUCUCACGACAGACCUGUUCUCCACCUGAAGACGGCUGCUUGCGUUGUGGCCGAAACGUCGUGAGAAUUAUUUUAUUAUGUUUGAUUUUUAUUAUUUUAUUAUUUUCCUUCUACGUGACUUUACCGAAAGAACCAAGAAGAUGAGUGGAGUUUGUAUGUUCUCCCCGUCUUCUGCAUGGGGUUUUCUCCGUUGAAUGCCACUAAUAACUACCCGGUUACCUAGCAGGUAAUGCGUCCUGUGCUCUUAGUUUUGUUAUUUCCUGAAUGAAGCGGUCGGAAGCUCGUGGUGUUUUCAUUUCGCAGGCAGCGAGUGCUGGAGAGAUCAGGAAUCAUGGAUUUGCAUGCCAUCCUGGAGCCUGGUGACAUCCCAAAGCCGGGACUUUGGUACGUGUUAGCCCCACGUGGCCAACCGCCCCCCGUCACCGUGGGCCACACCUGCACGCACCUGGCGGGCUCACGGCGCGGAGCCAUGGGACGGGUGCUGAUCGUCGGCGGAGCCAAUCCCGAGGCCAGCUUCAAGCACACGGUGGUUCUGGACCUGGAUACCUACGAGUGGCGUACCCCCGACUGGCGCGGCCUGCAGCCGCGCUACGAACAUGCCGCCUUCAUCUCUCCCUCCGCCCCCCUCGCUGAAAGUAGUCCCGCCGAUGAAAAUAGUUCCACCCCGGAAGGCGGUGGCGGGCGCGCAAGUGGUGCCGAGGUGGCUUUGGAUGGAAGCCCUCGCGGCUCCACAGAGAGCCCUCCUCCUCCUCCUCCAUCGCUCGCGAGUAACAGCUCCGCCGGGCUGUGGGUCUUUGGCGGAGCCGAUCGUACGGGCAACAGGAAUUGCGUUCAGCGGUUGGAUUUGGAGCAACGCAGGUGGGAGAGCCCCCCAGUGGGGGGCACCCCCCCCUGCCCCCGCACGUACCACAGCGGUGCGGCGGCGGUGGGGGGCACGCUGUACGUCGUGGGGGGCGGAGCGCACGGGGCGAGCGCCGUCAGGGACGCCCGCCUCUACGCCUUCGACUCUGUGAACCGGCGCUGGUCGUGCCCCGAGACCACCGGCGCGGCCCCGUCACCGCGGCACGGCCACGCGGUGGCGUGCGUCGGCGCUCGGCUUUACGUGCACGCUGGCAUGGACGGUGCCGACUUCCUCUCCGACCUCCACGUGCUGGACACCGCGGCCCUGCGCUGGGAGAAGGUGCGUUGCCGUGGGGACGUCCCGUCGGGCCGCGCCGCGCACGCCGCCCUGGCCCACGGCAGGUUCCUCUUCACGUUCGGGGGCCUGGGCCCCGCGGGGGCCUUGAGCUGCGCCUACAAGUUUCACGUCGAUAAGCAGCGGUGGACGCUGGUGAAGCUGAACUGUCCACCCCCGGCCCCACGACUCGACCAUGCCAUGUGUAUCAUCCCCUGGGUCACCCGUCUCAGACCGGACUCACCAGAACUACCAUCACAAGACGCAGCUGCUGCUGUUGCCGGAGCCUCAUCACCUCCUCAUCCUCCUCCUCGUGACGCUGCUGGUCAGUCCGAGUCGGCCCCACGCCGCUCACCCGACGAGACGGAGCGUGCCGCUUCCCCAUCGUCCGCUCCCAGCGGAGCGACCGGCGUCGCGCCGCUGCACGGCCCGGACGUUGUCACCGCCGGCGCUGGUCGGGGCCCGGCAUCGGUGAUCGGAGACCCCGGCGGCACCGCCGGUGGCAGCGCGUCCCUCUGCCUGGUGUUCGGAGGCAUGGAUGGAGAGGGAGAGAUUUUCAACGACUGCAUGGCCAUGUUACUGGAGUAGCGAAAGGUGACGCUCGUUGGAAAACGAAACUAAAACCGCUCGAAUGUUUUUAUUAUUGUUUUACCAGGUAAGGCCUCGUUGGCCAUCGCAGAUGAUAGCUCAAUGAAGUUGCUUAUCGUCAUCGGGUGGAAAUUUAUAGCGUCAGCCAAAUACUUGAAGCGCGUGACGUUGAUUCUAAAUGCGGAGGAAAGACCGGAGGACCCGGAGGAAAGUCCAUGCAACCAGUGGAGAGAGAGAGAGACACUGCAAGCUCCAAAUAUACAGCAAGCGUCAGGGUUGAGAUCGAACCCACGACCUCCUGCAUACCAGGUGAAGUAGUUAACAUCUCACCACUCACAGUCAGGAGGGUGCUGCUGCUGCUUUGCACUACUGUCGUGUUGUAUUGCGUUUGUUGAUUUGAAGCUUUCGUGACUGCAGGAAUCCAUAUCUUAGUUUUUUUCGGUAAAGUCACGUGGGUAGAAAAUAAAAUAAUUAUAUUUUAUACAAUAAAAUAAUAAUUAUUUUAUAAAAUAAUCUAUUUGAUUUGAUUGUGUUUGUUGUUGUAACGCUUUGACCGCGUGCCCCUACUGGACAUUUGUUAUAAAAGGGCUUCAUGGCUUUAGGGAUUCCUCCGGUAUGAAUAAAUAUUGUGAAUGCCGAUUGAGUGAUUUGCCAGGUGACCUUUUAAAGUUGGAUGCUUAGGUGGAGACCAGUUGCAUUGCAUGUAGUUUAUUGUUGUUGUUGUUGUAGCUGUCGGGAGGAAAGCGGAGAACAGGGGGGAAGUCCACGCAGAACAGGGGGAGAACAUACACACUUCACUCCACUCACUCACUCUGUAGAACAAGGGGAGAUCACACAAACUCCACUCACUCUGCAGAACAGGGGGAGAUCACACAAACUCCACUCACUCACUCUGUAGAACAGGGGGAGAUCACACAAACUCCACUCACUCACUCUGUAGAACAGGGGGAGAUCACACAAACUCCACUCACUCACUAUGUAGAACAGGGGGAGAUCACACAAACUCCACUCACUCACUCUGUAGAACAGGCGGAGAUCACACAAACUCCAUUCACUCACUCUGUAGAACAGGCGGAGAUCACACAAACUCCACUCACUCACUCUGUAGAACAGGCGGAGAUCACACAAACUCCACUCACUCACUCUGUAGAACAAGAGGGAGAACAUACACACUCUACUCACUCACUCUGCAGAACAGGAGGAGAUCAUACAAACUCCACUCACACUCUACAGAACAGAGGGAGAACGUGCAAACUCCACACAGAAAGUUACCCGAGUUCGGAAUCGAACUGCGGAGCUUCUUGCUGCGAGGCACGCGCGUUAACGCUGCACUGCCACCCCCGCUCCUGUAAGGCAAAAGCGCAGCCCUGCAGCUGCUUGCUCACACGACUGCUGGUGGAAGGGGCCCACAGUUGACAGUGCCUCCACUGUACCCCACCACAAGCAACUGCUAUUUGUACAGAGGCUACGGGGAAGGCCGGGGAGAUGUUAACUACCUCGCCUGGUAUGCAGAAGGUCGUGGGUUCAAUCCUGAACCUGAUGCCUGAUGUAUAUUUAUAGUUUGCGUGUCUCUCUCCCCUGUGAGAUGUUGACUACCUCACCCGGUAUGCAGGAUGUCGUGGGUUCAAUCCCAACCCUGAAGCCUGCUGUGUAUUUGGAGUUUGCGUGUCUCUCCCCGUGGCCACGUGGAUUUUUCCGCGGGUCCUCCGGUUUUUCUCUCCACGUUUAGAAUCAACGCCACGCGUUUAGAUUCUUUGGCUGCCAUGAAUUUUCCACGCGACGGUGAUGAGCCACCUGGCUGCGCCAUCGUUCGUGAUGGACCAGGUCGCUUCUGAAAAAGUCCCCUCCGUAGUUCAGUGAGGGGCCAUAUCUGGCCAAAUACCAAAAACCCAAUAUCUCAGUUUAGUUCAUGAACGUGUCUUUACUCUCCGUCUGGACGAUUCGGCCGCAAGCCUUCUUGGCGGAGGGUUUCCCCUCGCCAGCGGGCGGUGCUCGGAGCUGGCCCCGACACGGAUGUCCAGUGUCUAUGACGGACUGCCACUGCUCCCACCGCCGCUCCCCUUCAAACCAAUCUGUCUGUCCUGUCCGGGGGGGGCGGCGGGGGGGGGGGGGGUAGCGAUGAAAGUGGAGCCGUGGGCGGCUCGGACGGGGAGAGAAACAGUCGUUCGGCUCGGUCGAUCGCGAGGCGCAGUAAACAAGGCAAAGCCUCUUUUGACGGAAUUGAUCGCGGCUCAUAAAUGGCAAAUUAGAAACAUGGGUGGGGGGUGGGGGGAAGCUCUUGGAAAGACAAAAAAAUGAUUUUUUUUGUUUUAUGGUGGAGGCUUGCAAAUGUCAUUUUUUGUUUAGGGGGCACGGGGUGGCGGGGGACGCGGGUGGGGGGUCAUUUCCAGCUGUUUGUAUGUAAAGUGCGUACUUUGAACUUUUUUCGCACCAGUACGUAGCCAACCGUGCUAAUGGGAGGUGCAGUGCUGAGUCUAUGGGCAGUCUUAGUCGAUGGGCAGUCUGUAUGUAAGUGUGUACGUUGAACUUCUUUCGCACCGUACGUAGCCGAACGUGCUAUUGGGAGUUGCGGCGCUGAGACUAUGGGCGGUGUUCGUCUACGUGCAGUGACAUCGUUGGACUGGGAAAGGCACGUGCUGCAUGCAGUGAGGAGGGGGUGCGAGGGUUGCCGGGCACGGAACGGGGGUUUCAAGGGGGCCCAUGGCGCACUGGUUGAGGGGCCGGCCAUAAAUGACGUCACGCACAGGGGGGGGAGGGGGGGGGUGGGUCAGACAUUUGUGACGAUGUGUGACGAAGGGGGGGGGGAGGUGAGAAAUGUGACGUCACAUCAACUUUAAAUAAAUAUAGACAACACAGAAAAUUUCCUUACUGUGGUUUUCACACCUGAUGAUGAUUACUUGUGUUGCAAUCCACUCACUCUCACUCUGUAGAACAGGGGGAGAUCAUACAAACUCCACACACUCUGUAGAACAGGGGGAGAUCACACAAACUCCACUCACUGUAGAACAGGGGGAGAUCAUACAAACUCCACUCACUCUCACUCUGUAGAACAGGGGGAGCUCAUACAAACUCCACUCACUCACUCUCACUCUGUAGAACAGGGGGAGAUCACACAAACUCCACUCACUGUAGAACAGGGGGGGAUCAUACAAACUCCACUCACUCUGUAGAACAGGGGGAGAUCAUACAAACUCCACUCACUCACUCUGCAGAACAGGGGGAGCUCAUACAAACUCCACUCACUCACUUUUACUCUGUAGAACAGGGGAGCUCAUGCAAUCAGUUCCAACUCACUCUGGUCACACGUGUCUGAGCUGCAGCAGAAUCUUGUCAGUCCCAGAUCGCUCUCUUCAGCCAGCUUCGGACCCACAGAUAAUUCAACUUUUCUCUGGAAGGAAAGACAGCGUCUGAAUGACGCUGUCUUUCAGACGCUGUCUUUCCGACAGACCUGUUCUUCACCUGAGGACGGCUGCUUGCUUUGUGUCCGAAACGUCGUGAGAAUUGUGUUUUAUUAUGUUUUAUUUUUAUUAUGUUAUUAUUUCCCUUCUACGUGACUUUACCGAAAGAACCAAUAAGAUGAAUCCCUGCAGUCACGAAAGCUUUAAAUCGAAAUUUUCUCUGGAAGUUCGUUACGAGCGAUGGCCUGUGAUGAUGAUGAUAAUGUUGUUAACCACUACGUGUGUAAUAAAGGA